UUGAAAAAUGGCACCAGCUCAAAACCCAAUCAGUUCGAAACACGUAGCGGUGAUCGGAGCCGGAGCAUCCGGUUUAAUAGCGGCCAGAGAGCUCCAUCGUGAAGGUCACACCGUCGUCGUUUUUGAGCGGGAGAAACAAGUGGGAGGUCUCUGGAUUUACUCACCUAAAUCUGAAUCCGACCCGCUUGGUCUCGACCCGACAAGACCUAUAGUUCACUCGAGUGUCUACGAGUCUCUCCGAACCAACCUCCCGAGAGAGUGUAUGGGUUUCAGGGAUUUUCCGUUCGUGCCAUGUGUUGAUGACUUUUCAAGAGACUCGAGAAGGUAUCCGAGCCACAGGGAAGUUCUUGCGUACCUUCAAGACUUUGCUAGAGAGUUUAAAAUAGAGGAGAUGGUCCGGUUCGAGACCGAGGUGGUUCGGGUUGAGACGGUUGAUGGAAAAUGGAGGGUCCGGUCCAAAAACUCCGAUGAUCUCUCCAAAGAUGAGAUCUUUGACGCAGUCGUUGUUUGCAGUGGGCAUUAUACCGAACCUUACGUUGCUCAUAUUCCUGGGAUAAAAUCAUGGCCAGGAAAGCAGAUCCAUAGCCACAACUACAGAGUUCCGGGUCCAUUCAAAAAUGAGGUGGUGGUGGUCAUCGGAAAUUUUGCGAGCGGUGCCGAUAUCAGUAGAGACGUAGCUAAGGUCGCCAAAGAAGUACACAUUGCGUCUAGAGGGAGUGAAGCCAGUACGUAUGAGAAGCUUUCCGUGCCCACCAAUAAUCUAUGGAUUCAUUCUGAGAUAGAGACUGCAUGUGAUGAUGGUUCAAUUUUUUUCAAAAAUGGGAAGGCGGUUCAUGCAGAUACCGUUGUGUAUUGUACCGGGUACAAGUAUAAGUUCCCAUUUCUUGAAACCAAUGGCUAUAUGAGCAUUGAUGAUAACCGCGUUGAACCUUUGUACAAACAUGUCUUUCCACCGGCGCUUGCCCCAGGGCUUUCUUUUGUUGGUUUACCAGGGAUGGGCAUACAAUUCGUCAUGUUUGAAAUCCAAAGCAAAUGGGUAGCUGCAAUUUUGUCUGGACGAGUUACACUUCCUGCACCAGAAAAGAUGAUGGAAGAUCUUAUUGCAUCGUAUGCCAUGCUUGAAGCGUUAGGUAUUCCCAAGAGACAUACACAUAAAUUGGGUAAAAUUCAGUCUAAGUACCUUGACUGGGUCGCAGAAGAAUGUGGUUGCCAGCUUGUUGAGCCUUGGAGAACUCAACAAGUUGACCGUGGUUACGGGAGACUUGUCUCUAACCCUGAAAAUUACCGCGAUGAAUGGGACGACGAUGAUCUCAUAAAAGAAGCGUACGAGGAUUUUGCUAGUAAGAAGUUGAUUAGCUUUCUUCCUUCUUACUUCCCCGAAUCAGGAAGAUGAUAUCCCAUAAUGGUGCCUACUUGUUUUUUUUUUUUUUUGCUAAAAUUUGGAAAAAUGUUGGUUUUAGUAAAGCAAAAUGUAAGGGUUGCUUGUUAUACAAUGGCUACUACUUUUCAAAUUGUCAUAGGUUUUAUCUAAGAAAAAUCAGGAUGGAGAUUUAAGCUUUCAUGGCAUAACUUAUUUCAAUUAAACAUUGCUAUGCAAGCACGCAUGGAUGAUUUGUACCAACCGCAAUCACUGCUUCCAAAGUUCACAACAUGUGGGAGGCAGAACGGAUCCAUUAUUUGUUGAUGCAUAUUACAUACGUAAAUGAAAACUUUAGCAAAGUGUUACAAGACAGCAACAUAUGGAGAUUAACUAAAAUUAGAUCUACGCGAACGUAUAUACAUGGCCGUAAUCUCGCUAAUAAUCUAAAACUAGAUAUGUUACAAGAAAAAAAGAUCUAAAACUAGAUGAUAAUUCCUACCAUGUGCGGGACAAAAUUUAAUUAAAAAUGUUUAGAUGAUGUAAAUAAUGAGUACAUACAUAUCUAUAUAUAUAAAGAAUAGUUUUCUCUAUCCUGGGUCCUCCACGUCGAAUUACACGUCACUCCUGACGUUAUGACACGUGUCCUCUGUAGCCAUACUCACCGUUUCAUUAACCUUAUAUUGGGCUAUGUGUUUCUCAUAAUUUAGUGGGCUUUACUCAGUGAUUCAGCCCAAAACAAUGAAAAACCAGCCGCAGGACUUUUAGGGUUUCGACGUCUUCUUCUACUAUGAAACGAACAGUUUUCUUCUUCGAUCUCUCUGAUAUAUCUAUGGAGUUUCAUUUUCUUCAAUCCGCGUCAAUCAUGGCUGUAUGAAUCUUCGAUCUGGCGUUCUGUCUGUUAAUCAUGGCUCUAUGAAUCUUCGAUCUGGCGUUCUGUCUUUUCUUUAUAUAAAUGAAACUUUCCUUCUAAUUGAUUCAUCCUCUUUAUCGUGCUCUUAACUCCAUCAACCCUCUACGAGCACGAUCUGUUAUUGAAUGCACCUUAUUCCUGUGUAAGGCGGUGUCUUCUAAUCCUAUAAAAGAUCUGAAGUUCGGUUGAUGCUUAUCCACGGUUCAAGCACGGUUGCUCCGGUUCUGUUAGGCCAGAAAAGUCAAAAAGCUGUGGGGAGAUGAGGCGUGGAUAUACUCUUUACUGGAUUCUAAGUCUACUGCUUUACACGCUAACUUCCACAGUGCCUAACUAAGUUAGAGAACAGAACCUUCACUUUCCAGCUGAAGCUCACUGAGUUCAACUUCACUUCAAAGCAUCAGUCAUUCACCAUCUCCCACAUAUUUGAAAAGCAUCAGCGUCCACCACUACCAAGCUUCGCUGAACAAAGAAGUAACAAUCAACCUGGUGAAGACAUGCCACGAGCUGGAGCAGUGUCAAGUAAGCGAUCUGGUGAGAUUACCGGUGAAGCCUCUAAAAACACUGGUGUGAGUGAUCGUCUUGGGAUUGUUGAAGGAGGUGAUGCUGAUCCACCUAUCCAAUCUGAUGAAGCUGUUUUUGUUGACUCCACCACUACCAAUGAACCACCCACGGAUGAUGUGCGUGAAGGGAAAAAGCCACGCAGAGCUUAGCUUCAUAACUUCAGCAUGAGUUGAUGUUUCAGUCGUCAUCCUCGCCUCUUAUCUUUUCUCCGUCUUUUUCCUGGUUUUAGUAUUUUAGUACUCAGAGUUACUUCUCAGAUGAAACCUAUUUUAUGUUUUGUUUUAGAUCCUACGUAUUAGUUUUCCUUACCAUCUUGGUCAUAAAAUUGGUUUUUAUCUUUAUAAAAAAAAACUCUUUCUAGAA